CCUGGGCGAGUGCACAGGCAGGGGUUCUAGUCCGCUCCCAGGCUCUGCGUUCACGGUCAUCCCAGGACCGCCAACGCCCGGCUCAGCGGCACUGAGUUCCCCUCUGUCCCCGAGGUUUCCCGUGUAGUCAGUGGCAGGGCUGUGGGCGGGGGUACGCAAAGACGAGGACCCAGCUGCCCCGUCUGCUUCAUGGCUCCUCGGUAGAGAGACACACGCAAACACACUCACUCCCUGACACCCAGCACUGGCUAGCAGACACAGAGACCCACGGGGGCAGGCUGACACACAGUGACACACACCCUCAUGUGGACACAGGCACACUCAUCCAUGGGCACGCUCAUGCUGGCACACACUCGCUGACAUUCACUGCCACACACUGAUCACAUACAGUGACACUGUCACACACAAUGGUACACACUUGUCAACACAUUCUUGCUGACAGUCAUGUUGGCAUACACAGGUCACACACCAAACACAUCAACUCUAACACAUCUUAAUGCUGGCACACACAUGUUGGCUACAAUGUACACACACACACACAGUCACUUUUGCUCACUGUAACAAACACUCUUACUGGCAAACACAUGUUGUCCCCCCUCCUAACAUGACCGCUUGUGCUGGCACAUAUCUCACUAACAUGGUGUUCGCAAGACCAAACCAACACUGACCCACCAGACACAAAGCAGACUAAUGCCCGCGCAGGCUGGCACUCCAUGGUCACAAGUUGACAGACCCUGGGGCUGCUGACACACUGACUCUAGUUGCCACUUGGAGAGAAGUGGAGACACAUAUCACACAGUGGGAGGCCAGCCUGCAGCCUGAGAAAAUAGAAUCGUAUCCACUCUAUUUCCUCUCCCUCUGACCUCCCUGAGGCCUGGGUGGCUGGCCAGGAUCUGUUUUGAGCUGGGGGGUGGGAAGAGACUUCUCUCUCUGAGGAGCCUGCCCUGACUCAGAAAGAGAGGGGAUGUGCCUCUGAAGUGGAAAACUGGGACAAAACAGGGGAGGGGGCUGGAGCUGGGGAAGGGUGGCCCCAGUGGACAGCCCUGGCCAGGUGCUCGGCUUUGUCAUCCUAGUCUGCCCCUGCAGUCUGACCACUUCCUUAAGUUCUGAUAAAAGCUUCUCCCUUAUCUCCUCCUCUUACUCCUUCUGCAACCCCUCUUGCAUUUUUUUCUCUUUGCUCUCUCUUGUCCUUGUGCUCCACUCCUUCCUCCUCUCUUCCCUCUCUCCACCCCCCCCUCUCUCCUUGCUUUCAGUAGUUAUUUAUCGAGCACCUGCUGAGGGCUAGGCAUAGUGUGGGGAUCAAAGAUGUGUGCUGCAGGAGCUACUAGACUAGGGAGAGAUGACCUCAGUGGCCAUCGUGCUCCGGGACCACUGACAGGGCUGUUGUACACCCACUUUCGUCUGACACACUCUCUCAACAGCAUGAAAGAGGUACUCCAGAGAUUAUCAACAUAUUCCAGAAAAAAAAAAAAAAUUGAGGCUCAGAGGUAACUAACUGGUGCGCCUAAGAUUCAGAAACUGCUUCCCAGCCAUCCUCCUGACAGCUCUCCAGAGAGGCUAACUUUCCUCUUCCCGUUUUCUGGAAGAGAAGUCAGCGCUCAGAGAGGUUACCUGGCUUGCUUAAGGAGAGGUCAGAGGCAGGGCCCGGACUGGAGCCCACCAGGUCCCAUUUCUCUGUGACUUGCUAUUGGGCACUGCCAUGCCCUGGAGGAUCCUGGGUGGGAGGCCAGGGGGGGGUGCCCUGCUCUGUGUGUGGAGGCCCAGGCUGGUGGGGGAGGUUUCAAAAGAUUAUGAGAUGUCUGCACGUACUCCGAUGGCUAGUCCCCAUUACAGCCUGGCCAGCACUGUGACCCAGGUCUCUGUCCUCAGCAGGAGGAUGUGUGACUCUCUCUUCCAUAUCCAUGUCCCCUAAAGCCAAGAUCCUUCUGACCAUUGAGGUCAGACUUUUCUCCUUGAGAAAGUCAGGAGCCUUUGUUCUUCUCCUUCAUUCUUCUUCUGCUGCUUUGCCAUCAGGGUGACUCAGCCCCUCUUGAGCCUUGGCUUGCUUCUCUGUGACUUGGGGAGGAGUGUCAUUGGUCUCCUGCUGCCCGGGGUUGUCAUCAGGAUGAGGACACCAUGAGCAGCCAGGCAUCUCUUGGAGACCCUAUCCUUGGAGGCAGGACCUUUUCCGUGACUCCUUCUGCUCUGCCUCUAACUCACUGGGGGACCUUGGAGACCUUGGGCAAUUGUCUUCACCUUUCUUAACCUUGGUUUUCCCACUUGUAAAUUGGAGCUAUGAAUUCUUUAAAAUUUGGAGGGUUCUUGUUGUGUUUACUGAAUUCACAGGACAGGGUAGGAGGUGCUUCCUGAAGCCUGGAGCCCAGGCCUAGCUACACUCCACCCAACGAUAGCCCUGCUCCCCUCUCCGUCUUUCCUGCAGCCCCAGUUGGCUGCCCCCUCCCUUCCAGGCAGGUUUCCUGAGUAAUUUGGAAGAGAAGGGCAAGGCCAAUACCUUGCCUUGUUCCAUAAGCAGUGGGACUCUGCUUUAUCUUGGCCUUAGAAGAGGAGACAGCAAAUAUCCAGUAGUCUAAGGAUCAGUAGUCACCACAUCCAUCCCUGAGCCUGGAUUUGCAUCCCCCAUAUGAAAAUGACAAUGGGAAUUAGUCAGAAACGGUCACUCCCCUCUAGGAACUUCGGGGUCAAGGGGAAAGACAAAUACCUGGAUAGGACUCCUUACAGGCAGGUAGGCAGCUGCUCUAACAGGGUGCUCUGGGAGCAAUCCGACAUCCUUUUGACAAAUGUUGACUGAAUGCCAGGGCUGGGGGUUCAAGAUGAAUGGCUCCACUCUAAAUCCAAGUCCCCAAAGGAUUUAGAGCAGUGCAGGUGAUUAUAAUGCAGGGUGACAUGUGCUGUGGGAGGCUAAGGAGUCCCCAACCCAGUCCUGGCAGGGGGCAUGGUGAGGGUCGCUCUCCUGGGAAGGAGGUGGCAUUGGGGCUACUGGGUUUCACCUGGAAGGAUCAGGAGGCCGAGGGGUGGGAUUGGGAUGUCAUUCCUGGCCCAGGGUGCAGAGUGUGCAAAGGCUUGGAAGCGUGAAGCCACACGUGCAGCCUGUGGACCGGGGAUGCUGGCUGAGCCUUAAGCGCUCAACAGGCCAGUCAUCAACAGCCUGGAAUGUCAAGCCAAGGAGAGAGGCUUUUCUCUGAGUGGAAGGUGAUUCGGGGAAGAGUGUGAGGAGGGGAGGGAUGGGAGCAGACUUUCAUUUCAGAGGGGGGCCUUUGGCAGUGGCAGGAAGGGUGGCUGGGAAGAGCAGGCCUGGAAGCAAGACCAGUGAGGAGGCUGAGGAGGAGCCUGAGAGAAGGGGAGCUCUGAGUGAAGGCUGUGGAGAGGAUGGAACUGAGACACAGGAAUAAGAAGGCGGAGCCAUUUUGCCGACUGGUUGUGUAUCUGGUACGCGUCAGGAGUUACGCGCACGAUCUCAUUUGGUUCUCCCAGUGAUCCUAUGAAUGUAGGGACUGCUCUUCCCAUUUCACAGAUGGGGCAACACGCUAGGAAAGAUUAAAUAAUUUGUCCACUGCCACUUAGCCAGUGAACUUCUGAAUCCAGGCCUGUCUGCCCACAAAGUCCUGCUGCUGUUCUGUACUUUCCCUCAGAGGGAGGGGGCUUGUCUGGCUCCUAGUUAGACUCCCCCACCUCCCUGGUAACCCUCAAAUUGUGCCUCCCUUCUGGUUCUUUGCUGUUUCUACUAAUUCAACUGGCAACAUGAAGGAUCAGAGUUAGACAAUAGGAGGGACUUCCUGAGAAGCAGUGGGAUGGAAUGAAUUUUCUUUUCCUUCAGAUGUUUAUGAAAUCUUCUUUUUUGGUCGGGGGAAGGGCGGGUAUGAUGAGGGUGUGUAAUCACCAGCUGUCUGUGAGCUUGGCUGUUUUCUCUCUUGGUGGUUAAGUUCUGUGCAACUCAUCUUGGCUAGAACAUGGGGAAAUCCUGUGGCUUUGGUCAGGGUCACUUGUGGGGCUACUGAAAACAGAAGUGUUGAGCCUGACCUACCGUCCAUGAUCCCCAAUUCUAGGCCAGCCUCUGGGCUUCAGAAUUCUCCAUGGCUGUCUUCCCUCCAAGUUUGGGCCUUCUUGCAUGACACUGAAGCAUGGGUUCAGGGUUCCUGAGUCAUGGGCUGACCACACCUCAGAGCUGUGGCAACAGAAGACCAGGCUUGGGGUCAGCAUGCCCUGAGUGGCUUCUGGAACUGCUGCCAGCAGGACCAUAUUGACCAUAUAAUGAGGCCUGCAAGAGGGAGCAGCUUGACAAGGAGCCAGCCUGGAAGUUGAGGAAGAUGGUGUUCAAGAAGGCAAGCCCAAAUGGGAAGCUCACCGUCUAUCUGGGAAAGCGGGACUUUGUGGACCACAUCGACCUCGUGGACCCCGUGGAUGGCGUGGUCCUGGUGGAUCCCGAGUACCUCAAGGAGAGGAGAGUCUAUGUGACCCUGACCUGCGCCUUCCGCUAUGGCCGGGAGGACCUGGAUGUCCUGGGCCUGACCUUCCGCAAGGACCUGUUUGUGGCCAACGUGCAGUCCUUCCCCCCGGCCCCCGAGGACAAGAAGCCCCUGACGCGGCUGCAGGAGCGUCUCAUCAAGAAGCUGGGCGAGCACGCCUACCCGUUCACCUUUGAGAUCCCCCCGAACCUUCCGUGCUCGGUGACGUUGCAGCCAGGGCCUGAAGACACAGGGAAGGCCUGUGGUGUGGACUAUGAAGUCAAAGCCUUCUGUGCUGAGAACCUGGAGGAGAAGAUCCACAAGCGGAAUUCUGUGCGCCUGGUAAUCAGGAAGGUUCAGUAUGCCCCGGAGAGGCCUGGUCCCCAGCCCACAGCCGAGACCACCAGGCAGUUCCUCAUGUCAGACAAGCCCUUGCAUCUCGAGGCCUCUCUGGAUAAGGAGAUCUAUUACCACGGAGAACCCAUCAGCGUCAAUGUUCACGUCACCAACAACACCAACAAGACAGUGAAGAAGAUCAAGAUCUCGGUGCGCCAGUAUGCAGACAUCUGUCUUUUCAAUACAGCCCAGUACAAGUGCCCUGUGGCCAUGGAAGAGGCCGACGACACAGUGGCACCCAGCUCAACCUUCUGCAAGGUGUACACGCUGACCCCCUUCCUGGCCAACAAUCGAGAGAAGCGGGGCCUCGCCCUGGAUGGGAAGCUCAAGCAUGAAGACACGAACCUGGCCUCCAGCACCCUGUUGAGGGAAGGAGCCAACAGAGAGAUCCUGGGCAUUAUCGUUUCCUACAAAGUGAAAGUGAAGCUGGUGGUGUCUCGGGGCGGCCUGUUGGGAGAUCUUGCGUCCAGUGACGUCGCCGUGGAACUGCCCUUCACCCUAAUGCACCCCAAGCCCAAAGAGGAACCCCCACAUCGGGAAGUUCCAGAGAACGAGGCGCCAGUAGAUACCAAUCUCAUAGAACUUGACACAAACGAUGACGACAUCGUGUUUGAGGACUUUGCCCGUCAGAGACUGAAAGGCAUGAAGGACGACAAGGAGGAGGAGGAGGAUGGUACUGGCUCUCCGCAGCUCAACAACAGAUAGACGGGCCAGCCCUCCUCCCGGGCAGCUCCAGGUCCGCCCACCUGCGCGAGGCUGCUCAUUUGUCUUCUUGUUCUGGUGCCCCGUCCCCUUUGUUCUUCCAGUUUCUACCGGGGCCCAGUGGUCUUCCAGGUUGUGGUGGUGACCCUCUGGCCGCAGGUUGGGCCCCACAUCACCAUGCCAACGGGGCCACAUGCACCACCAUAACCCUGUCAUUGCAGUCACCUUUCCAUCCUCCCUCUUCCUGCUGACCCCCGGAAAGGCCGCCAUGGCUCUGGCCUUGGGAUUUGACUCGAGAUGGGGAGCAGGGGGCAGGGUAGG